AUGUUUUUCGGUUGGUUCAUACUUUCAACAGCAGUAGGACAAUACCUAGCUAGCUCAUCAUUGCUUGAUCAAUUGUACGGUGACUUAGUUCAUGACAAUUAUAAGCAGUCCGACUUUCAACGAUUUACAAUUUCCCAAGAGGAGGACAAUUUGAGUGUAUAUUCCAGUCACGAUCAGAAAUUCCCCGAUGUGUAUUAUGAAACCAUUCUUCAUCACUACUUGAAAAGGAAACCCGAAACUAGAUACCCCGAUAAGGACGAUGUCUCGGACAUUGAAAUCGACCAGAAUAUGUUUGGUGGUAUUGUCACGUAUGCACAUCUUCCACAUUUUAACUGCUUCAAAGAUAGCCAUGAUAAACCAAUAGAUGUAGCGAUUGUUGGUGCACCUUUUGAUACUGGAGUCUCAUUUAGACCCGGAGCAAGAUUUGGACCCGAUGCUAUUAGAUCAACUGCUAAAAGGCUCAAUUAUCCAUCAUCCACCAAGAAAAGCAGCUUCAAGAAGACAAGGGUCAAGCAUGAUGAGCCACACAACUAUUCUAUUGUUGAUUGCGGAGAUGUGGCAAUGAACCCAUUUGACAACAGAAUAGCAUUGAAUCAACUUUAUCGUGGCCAUAGAGCAAUUGUCAAUAAUCACAAAGGUAAAGUGCACGAGAUACCACGAGUAAUUACCAUGGGCGGUGAUCAUACGAUUACAUUAAUGGCAUUACGGAACUUAUAUGAGCAGUGGAAGAAACCAAUCAAGGUUAUUCACUUUGAUUCGCAUAUCGACACCUGGGAUCCAAAAAAUUUAGGUGGAGGCAUCACUAAUUAUAUGAGUUUGAAUCAUGGUACCUUUUUACACUAUGCUCAUGAAAACGGUUUCAUAGGCGAUCAGGGGAAUUAUCAUGUUGGAAUCCGAGCUCCAUUGAUUGAUCCUGGUUUCGAUCUGAGGCAUGAUGCCGAGUGUGGAUUCAAUGUAAUUGAAGCAACGUCUAUUGAUAGAAUUGGAGUACAGGGUAUUAUCAAAGAGUUGGUUGAAAGUUAUACCAAUGAUGACAUAAAAUCCGGAACGCCUGUGUACAUAUCGGUUGACAUAGAUGUCUUGGAUCCAGCCUAUGCGCCUGGUACUGGAACAAUGGAAGUUGGUGGCUUUACAUCAAGAGAGCUUUUGGCAAUUUUGGACGGCUUGAGGGGUACUGAAUUGGGCCGUCAUCUCGUUGGUGCUGAUGUAGUUGAAGUGAGCCCACCAUAUGACACAAAUAGCGGAAUAACUGCAUUGGCUGCUACUGCCGUUAUUGACUCAUUGUUGAAGAUCAUGGUCAAAAAUAUUCCAUUAUGA